AUGCGUGUGGGAUCAGCCGUCCCCGGCUCUUCAUCUUUACUGGACAUGCGAUCGGUCAACUGCUCCUCUGCCGCCGCUCGAACUCGUCUCCGACAGCGACAGGCCUUCGGUCCGCCGUGUACUUCCGGUCAACCAUCUCAUGUUCUUGUGCACGUUACAGGUUUUGUUCGACCCAUGGGGUCCGUUCACGGACCACCGAAACCUGAUACCCAUACUAGUAACGGACGAUCAGCUGUGUCCCAGUCUUAUCCUCUCUACGACGGCUUCGCCCCAGAGGAUGCUGAUUUUGCAGCUCAGAACACUGGUGCUAACGGAUCCAACCAAACGGAAUCGGACAAAGUUUCUGAUCCGCAAAUACCGCGCUGUCUCGUUGCUCUUGCCCGCUUGCAGGUCAACAACAGACCAGAUGCAGUGGACUUGUCUCCCUAUCGCUUACAGGAGUUUUUCACUCGCCUGUCUUCUGACACUCGGAUAACGUUCUGUGAUCAACGCGUUCAAAACGUCCUCGGAGUCGAGACAGAUGAAGUGCUCGGACGUCCGUUUGUGGACUUACUCGAGUCCAACAAAGAAAAGACCGAUUUCCAAGAGUUAUUCGAAAGGGCUUGGAAAUUCAAAGGGGAGGUGUUCUCCUUGAUUCUGACCCUUAGGGGCAAACGUUCAGAUGAUCCGGUGUCUGUCAGAUGCAAUCUGUUUGGCUUCACAAAUCCGUUCAGUGAAGAAGUGGAAUACAUCGUAUGUACGGUAAUCUCCAUGAAAUCUUUUCAGAACUCCUCUAUGGUCACUUCCAACAGUUCCCAUACUGCGGCCGGUGGUACUUCAUCAGAUCUUGCAGUUCGCCUGGGUCAACCAUCCGGAAUUUACGACCCCUCUCAUGCGGCUGACCAGUCCCAUGUGCCUUCAGCAUUCCCUUUGUCGUGUGAGUUACAAGACGUGGCACAGCAUUUCCAAAAGAUUUCUUAA